AUGGCGAGUUGCUCCUUCGCUCAAGACCCAGCGACAAGGAGACUGAGAGCAGCAGCAGCGACUACAGCGGCAGCUCUAGCUGCAGUGGCGACCAUCCCGCUUCUUUCCUUGGGAACUCCAACCGCACUCAUUGGGACCGGGUCUUCUUGUCCGGGAGCCAUGUGGCUCUCUACAGCCACUGGCUCCCGGUCACACUCCGAGUCCGAUGAGGAGGACCUCCCCGUCGGCGACGAAGUCUGCAAACACGGCUAUCUGCGGAAGCAGAAGCAUGGGCACAGACGUUACUUCGUGCUCAAACUCGAGACCGCCGACGCCCCAGCUCGGCUUGAAUACUAUGAAAAUGCCAGGAAGUUCCGCCACAGCGUCCGCGCCGCGGCAGCUGCUGCAGCGGCUGCCGCCUCUGGCGCCGCGGCCCCAGUGCUGAUCCCACCGCGGCGCGUGAUCACCCUGUACCAGUGUUUCUCGGUGAGCCAGCGAGCCGACGCAAGGUACCAACACCUCAUCGCUCUUUUCACCCAAGACGAGUACUUCGCUAUGGUUGCCGAAAACGAGUUAGAGCAAGAGAGCUGGUACUUGCUGCUCAGCCGCCUCAUCCUCGAAAGCAAACGCCGCCGCUGCGGCACGCCCUGCGUGCAGCCGGUUGGAGAGCGGGCCGCACUGGCCGCUGCAGCGGCAGCGGAGCCACCCUUCUAUAAAGAUGUGUGGCAGGUAAUAGUCAAACCCAGGGGGCUGGGGCAUAGAAAAGAGCUGAGCGGCGUGUUCCGGCUCUGUCUUACCGAUGAGGAGGUUGUGUUUGUGAGGUUGAAUACCGAAGUGGCCAGUGUGGUCGUCCAGCUCCUGAGCAUCCGUCGCUGCGGGCAUUCCCAGCAGUAUUUCUUCUUGGAAGUUGGCAGGUCCACCGUCAUCGGUCCGGGGGAGCUCUGGAUGCAGGUCGAUGACUGUGUAGUGGCCCAAAACAUGCACGAGCUCUUUUUGGAGAAGAUGAGAGCCUUGUGUGCAGACGAAUACCGAGCCCGCUGCCGCAGCUACAGCAUCAGCAUCGGGACCCACCUGUUAACCUUGCUGUCCACUAGGAAGCACCUGGACAUGCUGCCUCUCGAGCCCGGCGGCUGGCUCAGAAGGUCCCGCUUUGAGCAGUUUUGCCACUUCAGGGCCAUCAGUGAUGGGGAAGAUGAGAUGCUCCUCACUGAACACUACGUAACACCCAGUGAGCCGAUGACCCACUCCAGGCGAGGAAGAAUGCACCUGCCCAGAGCUCGCAGGUCCAGGAGAGCGAUUUCAGUGCCAGCCAGCUUUUUUCAACGCUUAGCACCCAGCCCUGUAUGUAUCCUGCAGACUGCAGAAGCCCCCAGCGACAGGCCUUGCCUGUUUUCUGAAGCAUCUGGCUCCGGUCCUGGCAACUCUGGCGAAGAAAGCAAUCCUCAAGGCCAAGAGGGUCAAGAAAGAAAUGCAGGUGACUACAUGCCCAUGAACAAUUGGGGCUCAGGAAAUGGCCAGGGUUCAAGUAGCAAAGGCUCCAGUAGCCAAAGCUUAGGCAGAAACCAGUGCUCAGGCAGGGGGCAGGGCUCUAGAGGUGGCCAGGACUCCAGUGGUGGUCAGGGUUCAAGCGGCCAGGGCUCAGGGGUCCAGGGUGCAAGAGGAAACAAGUGCUCAGGAGACUGCCAGGCUCUCACAGGCAGGCAUGGUUCAGGCAGUGGCCAGGGAGCCAGUGGUGGGCAUGGCUCAGGUAGUGGCCAGGGACCAGGAGGUGGCCAUAAUUCAGGUGGUGGCAAGAACUCUGGAGGGGUCAAAGGCUCAGGAAGUGGGAUAGACUCUGAUGGCAAUGGUGAACGGGCAAAAUCUCUGAAGAAAAGAUCCUACUUUGGCAAAUUAAUUCAAAGCAAGCAACAGCAAAUGCCACCACCUCCACCCCCUCCACCUCCACCCCCACCAGCUGGAGCAACUGGUGGAAAAGGGAAGUCUGGAGGAAGUUUCCGACUUUAUUUUUGUGCUGACAGAUCAGCCACAAUAGAACACAAAGAGGCCAAAGAAGUCAAAGAUGCAGAGACCCUGGAAGGUGGAGCUCGAGGUCCCCACAGAGCUAGAGCUUUUGAUGAUGAAGAGGAUGACCCAUAUGUGCCUAUGAGGCCAGGGGUGGCUGCCCCUCUGGAAAACUCCAGUGAGUAUAUGCCAAUGGCUCCUCAAAAUGUUUCUGCUUCAAUAAAGUGCUACUCUCGAUCCCCUUUUGAAGAUUCAAGAGGGUACAUGAUGAUGUUUCCUAGAGUGAGCCCACCACCUGCCCCAAUUCCUCCAAAAGCAUCUGAUCCUGAUAAAGAGGAUGACUCUAAGGACAAUGACAGUGACAGUGAUUACAUGUUUAUGGCUCCUGGAGCUGGUGCAAUUCCCCCAAAAAACCAUAAUCCUCAGGGAGGAUUCUCCUCCAAAAGUUGGAGCUCCUACUUCUCUCUGCCAAAUCUUUUUCAGAACUCCUGGUUGGGACAGAGUGACCAGAGUGAGUAUGUACCAAUGUUAUCUGGAAAACUGGGGAAGGGCCUAGGCAAAGAAGCAUCUUCAACCUGGGGCCCAAAAUAUGCAAUUUCAAAGCCUUCAGUUGAGGGUUUUGAAGCUGCCCUCCAGUCAUUCUCAAAGGCUGGGGAUGGGGGUUCAACUUCAAAGCCUUCAGAUGAUGGGCUCCCAAAGGACAAGGCUAAGAGACCUAACAGACUUUCUUUUAUUACAAAAGGAAAUAAAAUUGAGCCAAAACCACAAAAACUCACACGUGAACAGAGAAAGGCUGACAGCUUUAGUGACUACAUCAACAUUGACUUUAGUAAAAGAAGUAGCAAUACCCCAGCCCCCUUUACUCAAGGACUGCCACAUUCGUGGGACAUAAUUGCUAACCCCAGACAGCCAGCCUUUUCUCAUUACGUGAAUGUUGAGUUCAGAGUACCAUUUCGAAAUACAGCAAACGUCCUCUCAAACCUUUUAAGAGCUAUUCCAGGUGCCAGCCGCUUCUUUCUGGGCGGUGCUAGGUGGCCACUUCUGCCUCUUCUUACUGGUGCUACUGGUAGCAAUGCUAAUGAGGAAGAGUGUGAGUACAUUGAAAUGAUGUUCAACCCAGCAAUGACACCAGCCUUGCCUUUUGCCGACCAUGCCAUUCGCUAUGAUGUUGAAACAGGUCAAAUUUAUGUGGUCGACCCAUUUUUUGAGUGCUGUAUGGACAUUGCUCUUUCCCCCAGCCGCUGCUUCGAACCACCACCUGUAGCAAGGCUGCUGCAGGAAAAAGAGCUAGAGAAAAGGCGCCCUCAAAACCAUUCGCAAAGUUUCUUUGCAUCCGCCAGAGCCGCUGUGUCCGCUUUCCCAACCGACAGCCUGGAGAUAGACCUCUAUGACUCCUUAGGAUCGGCCGCUGCUGUGGUCAUUGCGCCAACCUUAGCCGUGGGCCGGGCUCUAGCCGCCGCCUCCCCCCUCUCUGCGGCCCCAGGCAUGGGUGCAGCCGCUGUGGGCUUUGAGGCUGCUGCAGGAUUUAACUCUGACUCGGUCUGCUGGUUCCAACCUGUUGCUAAUGCUUCUGGUGCUGAAGCAGUAAGGGGUACCCAGGUCGUUGCGGGUGGCUCGAACCCUAGAGCCCCAAACCCAUCUACAGACCUUGCCCCAGGUAAGAACGGGGCUGGCAGGGCUGCCAUUGCAGCUGCCUCGCCGCCACCACAACCUCGCCGCUGGUUACCAAGAACCCUUGAGCAAGAAGAUUCUGAAGACGACUACAUGUACCUGAGAAUGGACUUGGCCAGACCUGAUGGCAAGAAGUUCGACUCUCCCCAAAGAGGUCGGUAA